AUGGAGCAGCGCGAAAUGACUGACGAAGCUGGUAAGUCGCCUUCCCUGCCUUUCCUGGCGAACUAAAAUCUCUUUUGCGAAGAACUAAAUCAAAACGCCUCCAACGCAACGGGAUGGGUUGCCUCAAAGGACAUGUACAGGCCAGCCGCUGUGGUAUGUGUACUUUCGUCCUUUAUUAUCCCCAUAUCGUGCCAGCGAGUUUUGGCUCAAUUUUCGUUAGGUCCAGUGUUUUUACGUAUACCAAUGUCCAUCACUGUUUAACAGCAGGAAUGAUAUCGUCAGUUGCUGAAAACUUAGAAUUAGAACCUCUGUUCCUGUUCUGCUUUGUAGGAGAAAAUUCUCACCAGGUUAAGAUAAAGCAGCAUAUUAUAAAAUGAAAUAAAAAAGUUAACCUGAAGUCGAUUGACCGGACUUGUUAUAUUUCAGGAUAUUCCCCGAAACACGAGGCAGUGUUUUGUCAUGAUAAUUUAUGACACGAAAGAGAGCACCUUCGGCAAAUUUCGCAACACGAUGGUUCUGAAUAUUCCAGUUUUUCAUGCUUAUGGUAACGGGGAAUUUUUCGGAAUGUCAAAGGCAAGUGAAUUUGAAAUGUUUUAUCAUACUUUAUGCUUUUUGAGCCGUUGCUAACUAGAAAUAAUGAUUUAACAUGACGCUAUGGCCACAUAUAAAGACUGUGGUAAAACAUGAUGUCUAACUUGUAAAACCUCGUUCGGCAAGAUCUUAUUUCGCAGCCGUAAUUGUUAGGGGUUAGGGAUCAGGGGUAGGGGCUAAGGUUGGGGUUAGGGAUUAGUGGUUUGGGGUAAGGGAUUAGUACUUGGGGUUAGUCUGCGGCUUGUCUUCUGCAGGUACGGCUACGAAAUAAGAUCCUACCCCUUAUUCUUGAAAUGGGUCGAGAAAAAUUUCAAAUGGGACGGUCCUCAAACACCAGUGAAUAUUGAUCUGCCUGCUCCACUUAAUUGACCAUUUUGUAUAGCUGAAAUGGUAAAUACCCAACUGUUAAGGCGGCCACUAACCCUCCGGAUUUAGAUUGUUUUCCAUUGCAAAACACGCAAUCCGGAACCAGAUAAAUCAUAAAAUGCGGCCUAUCAGACGGUUUAGUUUCUCUCCUAUUGAGCGAACUAAGUUAUGUAAACUUAAUCAUAAUGGGUUGUAUCUGCUUUGGAUAGGACCGUAUAUGCUAAGCUAGGUUGGAAUAAAUUGCGUGCAAUCGACGGGAUCAUAAUAAAUUAGGUUACGUUAGGUUACCUUGCAGCAAGUUAUGAUGUAACUGAUUCGAAAGGAUCAAACUGGACUGCAGUCGUGCGCUCAAAUCACCAUCUGUUUUUCAAUGAGGACGAUCAUCAUACCAACUUUAACAACACCACUAAUCGCAUAUCUCCGAGGACUUGCUUUUAUUGUGCCUCUGACUGGAGUCCAAUAAAAAACAAGUCACUUUAAUUACCAUGCAGCUCAAUUCAGGCCUGUUUGUAAUCUAUUCCGCCAUGUGAUGAAGGACCAAGGUAGGCGUCCAGAAGAUAGUAAGAAAAGGCAUGGAAUGCAUGCGAUCCAUUGGUGAGGAACCUGCCAUUCAGUUCACCCCUACCCUUUGAUGACACCUUCCUGAGCUUAGGCCACAUGAUCCUCAUUAGAUGGAAUAGUCAGGAGUCUAGAUCCGCCCUCAGUUGACGGUAAUGAUGCCUUAUCGUUAGUCAAGGCGAGUUUUGAAGAAAAGAAAAAGAGGAGGCAAUUUUAAUUGUCAAGGCCAGCUAGGCGGUGUCAGCAAAUAUCCUCUCACAUUUUAGUGCCUGCGUUGCAUCGAGGGUUGCUUCCCCACUGGUUACGCUCUCGGCAUCAUCAGUUUCGAUGAUCACGACCAGGCUGUGAAGUGCAUCGAGUCACGCACUGAACUGCGCGAGAAGAUGUGGCUUGGUGGUGUGGAGAUGUAUGUGGUGCCGCUAUGCAACCCCGUGCGACACAUUGGCGACUAUCCCUUCUUCCAGAUGGACAUGUACGACGUGAAGAACGGUCGCAAUUUUAUCAAGUACCUGAACACAGUGGAGGAGAUGAUUCAUCGCAAAGGCGGUCUUAUCGUGGCUGGUACCACCCAAGCUGGUCGUUGGAGGGGCAUGCGGCGACCGUACUUCAUUCUGUUGCAUCAGUGGGUCACGGUAGAGCAACUCGAGGCCUACAACAAGGAAGGUAGGUACCCUCGGGGCGACAGUUUUUCAUUCCGCGUUUUCUUCCUCUCUCCUAUGGGAAAUAAUCUCCUUCCUUUCCAGUUUCCCCAGUUCUACGCGACGCCGGAGCUGCCUGUUCUUCGCGUGUCAUCUUCGAAAUGACCACCGGCAACGUUCGUUGCUUCCAAUAG